AUGGCGUCCACCGAACUCGCUACGGAGCGUGCUCUGUAUGUUGGGAAUAUGAUUUCCACAGCUGUUUAUGGAGGAAAUUUGUUCCUAUAUGCCUACUCUACCUACCUGCUUAUGACCUCAAGCAAGCAAGUGCAGCACAAAAUAUUCUACAUAUAUUUUGGAGGCUUUCUUUUGCUUCUUUUGACAAUCAGUGUCGCAGGUAAUAUCGCCUUCUGCGAACUGAUGUGGAUAGAAAGGCGAAACAACCCUGGUGGCCCCCCCGCAUUUUUUGCUGCAAAUAUGGCCGCUUGGUACAAUGCCUUUGCCACAGCGGCAAUGUGUCUCGCAAAUAUGAUGACAGAUGGACUCUUGCUUUACCGCUGUUACAUCAUUUGGGGGUCAAGAUUACCAGUAAUUGUCAUCCCUGGAAUUAUCUACCUAGGAUCUGCCAGUACGUGCUGUGCUCUAUGGCUGUCACUGAUGGUGAUUGAGAGUGCCAUGCCCAUGUCGAAUCUAUGGCGAGGCCUUCCCGCACAAUUCGCCAUUUCAUGGAUUGCGCUAACUGUCAGCUUUAACAUCACCGUGACUGCAUUGAUCAUUUCCCGGCUGCUAUACUUUUAUCGUAGAGUGCGAUCUUUUCUUAACGAUGAACAGAGGAAUAUUUACACGGGCAUUGUGGCAAUUUUGGUGGAGUCUACCCUCCCUUUCACAAUUCUGGGAAUCAUCUCCCUUGCCACCUAUAUCCAAGGUGCCCCAUGUGCGAUGGGGAUAGAAAUAAUCUGGGCAACCUUCAUGGUUUUGACACCCCAGCUCAUUAUUUUAAGGGUUGCUUCAGGCGUUGCAUGGUCAAAAGACACAGCAUGUAACAUCACUCAACAUGCAACUUUCCCUCAGGACCCUCACAACUCAUUCUAG